GCAAUCAGAGAGGAGAGAGGCACGACGGGAGAGAACAACCUGAUCCAACGGAUGAACGAUACGUGCGAGCGCCCGGAGGAGGAACAGACACGCAGCCAAGCACGAGACAUAAAAGAGCCGCUAUUAACGAGAAACGCGCUCGGGUUUUGCAGUGAGAUAAACGCGCUGGGAUAAGAAUAAUCUGACUUUUAUUUCACAGCAGAGUCCAGAGAAUUACGCGCGACGCGCAAGUCCAAGGUGAACCAACUUUUACGCACGGACCUUUGGAGAUGUGGGGCUCAAAAUGUUACCAUGAAGUUGCAUCAUUGUUACAUUUAACUGCAGUUUUGGAGCGAGAACUUGCGAUUUAAUCAGUUUUACUGGAUUUUUUUUUCUUAUCCAGAAAGUGGACGAAUCGAACACCUUGGCACACGCGCACGAAUCUUUUUAUUUGCAUAUUUGGAGGACGUUAUUUGGACUGUCUUUUGCAUUACAUGCUGAUAUAACAGGAACUGUGUAGCUGCAUUUUUUGUUGUUUCCCAACACCCGGCGUUACGCACUUAGCGCACUGUAAGGUACCCUUGACGUCUCCCGAGUUUUCUAAAAAAGCGGUAUGGACAGAGUCAGACGUCUAGCCUGCGCGUGAGUCACCGUGAGCAAACAUUUGGACAAGCGGCGCUUGUAGGCAGUGACACAUUUUGGGAUAUUUAACAGUGCGUGCUUUGCACCAGAGGUCAGCACACAACACCGGGAGGACGCUCGGUGCAGCCGGGGGAUUGGACACCGAAGUGCUAAAUGCCCAGCCGGUCGCUUGCGGCUCCUCUGGCUGGGCGGAAACAUGAGGUCCUGGGUCCUGGUGCUGCUGCUGGCUGCGCUUUUGGCGGCCCGUCUCCGGCUCGGCAGCGCUGAGGGCGAUCCACUCCCUUCAUCUCUGGUCGACCUGGUGAGGAACUCUCCCAUCUCCUCUGUGGAAGACCUGAAGCUACUUCUGCAGGAGGAGACCGAUGCAAUAGAAGAGGAAGAGGACGUGCAUGAUAUUAUCCCAAAAGGCACCCAUGGUCGCUACAUUAGAAGUCUUGUGGAGGCGCAGCCAGCCCAGCAGGCGGCCUGUAAAGUGCGAACAGAGGUGAUGGAAGUAACGAGGUCUAUGCUAGAUCGCCGCAAUGCCAACUUCUUAUUGUGGCCGCCAUGUGUGGAGGUGCAGCGGUGUUCAGGUUGCUGCAACAGUCCACGGAUGGAGUGUGUCCCUAUAGUCACCUCCACCAGAUACCUGCAGGUGAUAAAGAUUCAGUACAUUAACAAGAAGCCCCAUUAUGAAAAACCCAUCAUCCCAGUGGAAGAUCACGUCAGCUGCAGGUGCCAGAGCCUGUCCUCCUUUUCCUCCUCAUCUGUUCCCUCUAACCCCAUUCCUCCUCCACCUCCCCCACAACAGCCGCCACUGUCCUCUCACGUUCCCCGGCUCGUUCAGCCCCCUUCACCCAAGACUCAGACCUCCAAGGCUGACCUCCAUCGCCACGAUGACCUAAAGUACAACCAGCAGCAUUACAGUCCUGAAGAGCGUGAGCCGGUGGUGAGACAGUGGCAGCAUGGCAGUUACACCCAGCUUGUACACUGGACCCAGCCUAGGGGGCAUCAGAUACCGCAGCCUGGGUUGCCCAGGCCGGUCAGCAGCUGGCCAUCUGAAGCGAGGGCGGAGCACAGUGUCAUGGGAAGUACACAGCAAGUGGGGCACGGUAGUGGGUUUGAAGGGAGCAGGGAGGAAAGUGGUGUGCAUACAUCACACAGUGGGGGCCAAGUGCAUCAUCCCGAUCACGCAAAGAGGCAGCAACAGUUGUUAGAGCAUCAGCAAAGGCAUCAUCAUCAUCAUCAUCAUCAUCAGUCACAUUAUCCACAGCAGUACAACCACGGAGCAACGGAGGACCGAGAGCUGAGAACGCAGUAUCGCCUCGACACUCCCCAGUCAGACAGUGCCUCACCCCCUGCCAGCCAAACCGAGCCACCCAAAUUUGAAGAAACCUCCACCCUUCCAUUAACAACCAUUCAGAAAGACUUUGUGACCAGCCAAAAAAGUAUAGAGGUCACAAAUCACAAACAGGCUGAGACUGAAACAGCCAGUCAAAAAGAAGGGAACGAGAGGGAGGAAAGUGGCUCAGCCAACAGCGGGGACUCGGCCACCACAGAGCUGGCCAAUCAGGGGAAGAAAAAAGACUCUAAUGUGACCGGUGAGGACGGUCACUUAACAGAGGCAGAAAGGAGGCAGAAACUUCUGGAGCUGGUACAGAGAGAACCGAGUGAGCAGACUCAUCUACAUCCGCUUCAUCCUCACCAGAGACCAAAGCCAACUACAUUUAAAACAGCUUCCUCUACGGCGGCUCCCAUUUCGCCUUCAGCCCGUAAAGCUCCGUUUCGUCCCGCUUCACCACGCCGCAGGAGGAAGAACCGCAAACGCAUCAGCAAAGCAGCCAUUAGAGCUAUGAUCAUGUAAACCUGCGAGGAAGAUUUCAGCCAGAAACAUUGCUCCAAAGGAAUGUGGAAACACCAGAAGAAUGGGUUUCUUAAACGUUGGACAGUCCGGACUGUGUGGACAGAGCUGAGGGUGCAAACAGUGCUGCUGUUUUCAAUGGACGGCUUCACACGGAGUCACCUGCUCCAGAGAUGCCGCGGCCCAUCCAGCGUUAAGGAUUUUAUAAAAGUGCAAUCAUAUGAACUCUGUGGACCAGAGGGUGUUUGACACACUGGAUUUUAUUUGGUUGAACCACAAGUCCAGCUGAUCUGGACUGAUGAGUGGAAGUGUGUGAGGUGCUGAAACAGAGUCGACUCUUUUUGCAGUUUGCAGCCAUUGAUUGGCGACUGUAACACCUUUCACUUCAACCUUGUGGUUCAUCAGAUGGAGAACCCGACUUGGACUUGGAAGUUAAGUGUUUGGGUCUCGAUUUGAGACUGGAGACGUGGAGAACUGGAUUUUUACACUGGGGUGAUAACUGGAAACUGCAGAGUGCAGCUCAGGCCUCAAUGCCAAACCUUACUCUUAUCCUAAAAUGUCUAAAGUUAUCUAACACUGGAGUAGCCGUACACUGACCAUACAACACUGACUUUAGAGAAGUGCUCUACCGUGUACUGUAGCUAAAUAUACUGGAAAAUAUCGAUAACCUGCUCAUUUUGUACUACUGCCAGAUCAAAAUGGAAUGGAAUAACAGCUAAAUGCCUGCUUAGAUAACCUGCUAUGAAUAUCCACAUUAAAGCAAGUCUUAAAGACCUGGCCUGUUAGAGAUCGCUGUGAGCCAGUUAUAGCCAACACUGUAUUGUAUAAAUGCUUUUAGAAAAUGAUCUCCACGGGGAAAAAAAGAAAAACUUUAUUUCUUAACUUAUUUAAAAAAAGGGGGGAUGUGAAAUCCUCUGGUUCUCAAGUGUAAUUAUUGUUGUUUCAGAUUAUAAUUAUUGGUUGUACAACUGUUACUGUAAUGAAUGUUAUUUUUAAUAUAAAAUAAAAAUAUUGAAUGAA